UACAUCAUCAAGGUCACCUGGUCCAAUGGAGCCACCGAGGUCAUUUACAGACGGUACAGCAAGUUCUUCGACCUGCAGAUGCAGAUGCUGGACAAGUUCCCCAUGGAAGGAGGCCAGAAGGACCCCAAGCAGAGGAUCAUCCCCUUUCUGCCAGGGAAGAUUCUCUUCCGCCGGAGCCACAUCCGCGACGUGGCGGUGAAACGGCUGAUCCCCAUCGAUGAGUACUGCAAGGCUCUGAUCCAGCUGCCCCCCUACAUCUCCCAGUGUGAGGAGGUGCUGCAGUUCUUCGAGACACGGCCCGACGACCUGAGCCCCCCCAAAGAGGAGCCCAUUGGAAAGAAGAGGUCUGGAGCUGACUGUGCCUCGGCUGAGCCGCUGGUGCUGGAGCAGUAUGUCGUGGUGGCCGACUACCAGAAGCAGGAGAGCUCGGAGAUCAGCCUGAGCGUGGGCCAGGUGGUGGAUAUCAUUGAGAAGAACGAAUCAGGCUGGUGGUUUGUGAGCACGCUGGAGGAGCAAGGCUGGGUGCCAGCCACCUGCCUGGAGGCCCAGGAUGGAGUCCAGGAUGAGUUCUCAAUGCAGCCUGAUGAAGUGCCAUGGAGGUACUGGUCCCUGCCCAGGCACCUCGGCCGCCGCCGCACCCUCGGGGACUUGUACACCCCUGGAUGGGCUCAAGAGGAGAAGUACACAGUGAUUUACCCCUACACUGCAAGAGACCAGGAUGAGAUGAACCUGGACAAAGGGGCCGUGGUGGUGGUGACCCAGAAGAACUUGGAAGGCUGGUGGAAAAUCAGGUACCAGGGCCAGGAGGGCUGGGCCCCUGCCUCCUACCUCAGGAAGGGCAAUGGAGAUGGCUUCGCACCCAAGCUGGGCUCCUCGGCUCACUCCAGUGCCCUGGAGCUGGAUGGCAUCUCCAGGCAGCAGCUGCUGGCCAGCAGGGACAAGGACGGGCUGGGGGGCCAGAGGGACAGCAGGCUGGAGAGCCGGGCCCUGCCCAGCGCCGACAUCCGCCGCAAGUCCCCAAAGAUGAGGCAGAGGCCACCUCCUCGCCGAGACCUCACCAUACCCCGUGGUCUGAACCUGCCCAAGCCUCCUGUCCCCCCUCAAGUGGAAGAGGAAUAUUACACCAUUGCUGACUUCCAGACCACCAUCCCUGAUGGCAUCAGCUUCCAGGCAGGGAUGAAAGUAGAGGUUAUUGAAAAGAACCUGAGUGGCUGGUGGUACAUCCAGAUCGAGGAGAAGGAGGGCUGGGCCCCUGCCACCUUCAUUGACAAGUACAAGAAAACCAGCAAUGCCUCCAGGCCCAAUUUCCUGGCUCCCCUUCCCAACGAGAUGGCGCAGCUGCGGCUCGGUGACACUGAUGGCAGCAGCGCCAGCGAGGAGGUGACAGGGCCCUGCCGACCCCUGCCAGAGGCUCCUCCCAACGGCAUGGACUGCACUGGGAGGUGGGGCAAGGACUGGAAGGGGAAGGAGGCUCCUGACAGCGGGGACCUGGCCUUCACCGGGGGCUACGAGGAGAUCUCGGACCGCGACAUGGAGGAGAAGCCCAGCCUCCCACCCAGGAAGGAGUCCAUCAUCAAAUCAGAAGGAGAGUUACUAGAGAGGCAGAGGCCUCCCCCCAAGCCCCCAGGCAUGAUCUUGCCCAUGAUCCCACCCAAGCAGUCGGCAGCCCCGAAGGACAGCAAGAAGCCAGAGCUCAAAGCGGAGAAGGCCAAACUCUUCCAGCUGAAGAACGAAAUGGGGCUGGAGUGUGGACACAAGGUGUCAGCCAAGGAGGUGAAGAAGCCAAACCUCCGGCCCAUUGUCAAGCCAACCAAGCCAAAAGCUGAGCCCAUGGAGGACAAACCUGAGCCCAUCACCCAGAACCCCUUCUUAAAGUCAAGACCUCAGAUCAGGCCCAAACCCGCCGCGUCCCCCCGGCCUGAGCCACCCCCAGCCGAUGACAGACUGGACAUUUGCAGCCUGCGGAGCAAGCUGAGACCUGCCAAGUGCCCAGAGAAGCCCUCAGAGCAGGACCCUGCUGCUGGGGAAAGCUCCUUCAGCAAUGCCAUGCUCUCCUCAGAGCCUUGUGGGCGCUUUCCGGAGCGGCUGGGCACGGAGAGCAAAGCUCUUCCCAAGCUGGACAUUGCCCCCAAAGAGGCACUGCCCAAACCUUCCCUGGGCCCGGCCAGCCCCCCCUGUGCCCGGGAUGCCCCUCAGCGCCCCGUGAGGCCCGGCCCUCAGCAGUGCCAGGCAGGCCCAUGCUGGUCCCUCCCAAAGCCAAGCCCUUCCUCGCUGCCUGCAUGCAGGACGAAGCCAAAGCCAGAAUAAACCCAAAGGUCAUCUCCAAACCCGUGGAGAGAGGGGAGGCCAGGGAGAGGCCCUCAGCCGCCAUGUCCGGGCCCGACGUCUCCAGGGAAGCUCUGUAUGUGGCAGUGGCGGAUUUUGAAGGUGACGAGGAGACCAACAGCUUCAGAGAAGGGACUUUGUUUGAAGUUCGUGAGAAGAACAGCAGUGGCUGGUGGUUCUGCAGGGUCCUGGCUGGGGGGCCGUGCUGGGAGGGCUGGAUCCCUUCCAACUACCUGCGGAAGAAGCCGUAGCUGCUCCAUGGCUGGAGGCUCCCUGAUCUCUCACCUGAGUAUUUAAUGAGCAGAUUAAUUUAUAGUUUUCUGUAAGGCUGGCUUUAAAAGAGAAGAUAAUAAUUGGAGAUCCCACGCCUCCCAGCUGGAGCCCCUUGGCAGCAGCUGGAGGAAGCAGCUCAGCCUCCCCUCCUCACCCCUGUGCUCCCUGUACCCAUCCUCCUCCUCACAUUCCCCAAAGGACUUGGCUCCCGUGGUUCUCUGUGCUGGGGAGAUGGACCUUGACUGACAUUUUGCCACCUCUGUGGUGAACUGGAGAGAAAUCCAGCAGCAGCCAAGUGGAAUGGUACCAAUGCAGGAAAUCACAGAAGGAUUUGCCUUUCCCUGAAGCUCAGGAUCACAGCCAAGAGUUGCAGUCAUGUUGCUUAGUCCAGGUCUGUAGCAGAACCAUGAGGAAUGUGGCAAAAAGGAUGAAAUGAUUGCUGAGAACAUGUUCCUGUAGCUCUGUCUCUGGUUAAGGGCUGUGCCAUGCUCUCCCUGCACGGGGAUCAUCCCUUGGUCCUUCCCUGCUCUACAAUGACAAGUGUUAACUUCAACAUCCUCCUGAUGGAAAAAAAUAGGGAAAAAUACCCCCUCAUUUACCAGGUCCUGCUAUGCUGCUCCAGGACAGCUCUCAGGCUUCUCCCCUGCAGUACUGCAACCAAACAUCAGAGGGGUUUUGCUUCCGGAGCUGAGGAAUUCUAUGCAAGGCACAGAGGACCAGAACGACCCCAAAACCCCUGGAAAAGGGAAUGCUUUGCUCUCCUCCCCACACAGACUGCCCUGCCUGUUGGACUAGGCGGGGACCACCCCUUCCAGGACCCACUGAGCUCCCCGGGCUGGCGGGAGCUGGGUCCUUCCCUCGGUGCUGAUUUAUCAAGUGCAAUCCACAAUGUGGGAGCUCAGCUCCUCAUCACCACCAGUUCUGAGGUGUGUCUGGUGCUCAGGGGCUGCCUGCCUUGUUUGUCACCCCUCCAGGUUCUUGCAUUUCACCCUGUGGGCCAGGUUGGCUUGGAGGGGCUGCUGGGCAAGCAGAGCCUGGGCUUUCUCCAUGCUGACAUUCCUGCCUUGCCCUCAGUGCUGCUUAUCCCAGCAGGAGGAUGAGCUGUUGUUCCCCAGUGCUGCUUUCUUCCUUUCUGUCCUUGGCUAUUUGCAGCUUCAGGGCCACAUUUCUCUCCAGAAGAGCUUUAAACCCGGAUGUCUGUGGGUUUCACAGAGUCACUGAAUUGUUGGGGCUGGAAGGGACCUCUGGAGAUCAUCCAGUCCAGCAUCCCUGCCAAGGCAGGGUCAGCUUUGGUGUUGACCAAGCGCUGUUGCCCUCUCUGGUCUAAUUGCAAGUGUGAGCAAUGCAGCCACAUUGUUUUGCUGCUGAAAAUAAUGACAAUUUUCCCUCUAAUUUGAGGCUGGCUGAAUUGAAGGAGCGCUCUCCACUCCCUCAGAUGCUCACUUCCUUUUCUGUUCAUAUUUUCCACCCUGGGAAUGUGAAGACCCCUCUGUUUGCCUACAGAAAAAACAGUGGUCAUUCUGGGAGGGCAAUGGGGCAGGUUGAUCUGAUAGGGAAAUCUGACCAUCCUCAUACCCAGAAGCCCCAGAAUUCAUUUUUGGUGAUGGGAAUUCACUCACCCCGGUGUGUGGCUGAUUCCUCUCCCUCCCACCUGUGGUUUCCUCUGGUGGCACAUCAGCCCCUGAUGGGCUGACUCACCUGAGCUGGCAGAAGCUCUGCAUUUGCAAGGCAGUGCAAUAACAAAGCUCCUUGCUGGCACGCUGGGAAGUGUUGAUGUGCUGCUCCUGGUGGGUUGGGACAGCUCUGCCUGGCUCCAAUUCAAUCCUUUCUGCUUUGGAAAGGAGUGGGGACAGGAUGAGUUAAAGCAGAGCUGCUCCACAGCCAAAUGCAGCUCCCACAGUAUGUGGGAAGGGCUGGACCUGUAUCCCUGCUCUUGACACGGGGUGGAAGGGCAGUGUAUCCUUUUCCCAGGCACCGUGUCCUUGCUCUGCCUUUGCUGAAUGGCCUUUUCAUCUCAGCUCUGUCUCAGAGACCUCUGUGCCCUGGCUCUCCUCAGAGAGGGCUGUGCUAUUUGUGUGGUCCCAUCUCUGGAGGAGGGCUGUUCCCUCUCCCCUCCCAGCCUGAGCCUCAGAACUGGUCGUGCUCCGUUUUCCUGACACAAGUACUGUAUUGGCUCACUGAGCAUGGGGCAGGAGCUCUCCCUUCUUCCCAAAGAGCUUCCAGGAGGGAGUGCCCGGUGGGAUUCCCCUCAGGAGGUGCCCACACCUGCAGCCUUACCCCUUUUCCACCCUCCUGCCUGCCCAGGGGCUGUGGGGAAGGUGCCAGGAGCCACUGGGCUGCCAGGGCUUUGUCCCCCCUCUGGUUUGUGCUCCUGCAGCCACCUGUGCCCCAAGCCAGGCUGCCUCUCCUCCCUGGGCCUCCCUGCCUACCUCGUGAGGAGGAGGAGGAUGGCCAAAAGCACCCCAAACUGGGGGGCAGCCUCCCUCCAGGCACAGCCCAGCCACCCAGAGCAGCCCUGAGUGCAGGGGCUGUGCCAAGGCUGGGGGCCCAGGGGCUGGGAUUUGGGGACAGGCUAGGCUGGGUACGUCCUGGGUGGGCAUCAGCCCUGCAGUGCCCAGCCCCUGCCAGGCUCCCAAAGCCCAUUUGUCUGUCCAUGUGUCUCUAUAGUAUGUAAUGUGUAUAAAUCUCCAUUACUGUGGGUGGGUGGGGGGCAGCAGAAGGUAGAUGUAGCUGUGUCCAUGCCCUGUCUAUACCUUCACCUUUAAGGGAUGGAUUUUUUUAUUUUUAUUUGCUGGGUUUGGGGUUGAUUUUUUUUUCCUUUUGUUUUCUUUUUUUUUUUUUUUUUUAAGAAACAAAAAUAAACUGCUUGACUGGUUUCAAGCACCCUGGUGAA